AUGGAGGUAGUUGCAGGUGUCGCUGGAGUCGCUGGCGUUGUGGGAAUACUAGGUCUCGUUGGACAAGCCGUGCAUGGCAUAUUGAAGCUCAAGGAAUUCGUUCACGGGGUUUCGACUGCCUCAGAAACGGUGAAAAGCUUUCUCAGAGCUAUCGACUCUCUUGAAAGUGCUCUGACAGCGAUAUCCGAUCUCCUCAGGCGAACCCCAGAAGAAUGGCUUGUUGGUGCAGAAGCCCGGAACACCAGUAGACUUGCAUCGCAAAUCGAAAAUUGCCGAGCUGAUAUAGAUGAAUGGGUAAAAGAUGUGCCCAUGCAUCAUGCCAAUUCUUCGAAAAUCAUAAAAUCCUUUUUCGGGAAGCUCCGUGUCGCCAGCGAGGAAAGUGCUUACAGCGUGUUUCAUCAAAAAGUAGCGCGACAUCUUCAGGGGAUGCAGCUAAGUCUUGAUCUACUAGGAUGUUCCUACAAUAUACAUAUUCUCCAACAGGGCAGCGUCAUCGCUAAAGAGGUCAAAAAUGUUGCUGAGGCUCAGACAUCGUUCAACCACGGAUCUACCCACAGACUUCUCGAAUUCGACAACAGCUUCGUUACACAUCUAGAUCCAGUUUCAAGUCAAUUGGAUCGUUUAGAAAACUCAUCGCAGAUGAGUAGCGCUAGUAUGUCGAGCCUUGCUUCCAAUGUGUCUCGAAUUCUCGAGUUGGUAUCUUCUAACCCAGCGCUCACUGCCUCUAAGAGAUUGGAUAGUGAAGAUAAAGAUUCGGAGCCGGAUGUGGCACAUGCUAGCUCGACACGUCCUGCCUUCGGAAGGACGAAACUCGAGUCCCAGGAGCUCCUGCAACGGCCUUCCCAGACACAAGUGGAGUGGAGUUGCGACAUUCUGCCUGGUGUUGAAGCCGCAUUUUCUGCAAGCGGUUUUAUUUGCCUCUAUUGUGGGGACGAAUUUGAUCAAGACUCGCCAGAAUGGUCCCUGCGAGACAAACACCGUCGAUCUGAUCAAAAAAGGGGCUUCCAUCGGGGCCUAGAAAGCAAAGACCAGAAUCUCACCGAUGACUUUCAUAGCAUUCGGGACCGACGUUGGGAGGCUCUCUUCUAUAAUAACAGAGCUGUGAAAGCAAUGCAUGACCAUAUCGGUGGCGCAAAAUCCGUAUCGCCUUCCGAGGAACGACCGUGGGAGAUGGAGCUAAAUACCGCUAUCUCAGAAGAAGGCUGCAUCGUAGAUGGACUCAUGGUUGCAUCGGUCUUCAGCCCCAGGUCAAUCUCUAAUGAUUAUGGCGGCGAAAUAAGACAGCCAAGCUAUUCGCUAGGAGACGGCAUCAAGGUUUCUCGAUAUGAAUUUGAGGGUCGCUGUGACUCAUUUUUGCACGCUACAAGACUUCGACGCACAAAUGAUUUGAGUGGAAAGCCUGGACCAGAUGGCGCGGACGCACUAGGAAAGUCAUCGGCUACCUCCGUCUUGCCCAAAGGACCUUCAUAUACUGCCGAGGUAACGAACGGAAGGAAUCAGAUCAACUCCUGGCUUCGAGAGAUCUUGCAACAUUCUUCCACCGCCAGAAUCAUCUUGUUCUACACGAUGAAGCACGGCGUCAACUUCUCAAGCAUGUACACAUGGCUGGAAAAGGCACUAGAGUUUUGGGAAUCAGAUGAGGCUGCGACGAAAGUAGACGAACCAGACAGUCUGUCGGAUGGGGCAGUUGAUAGCCGCGGCAGCCCCGAGAAUCGGGACGUUACAAAUCAUGAAACCGCUAAACAGCUCGGAUAA